AUGAACCAAUCGACGAACGCUGAUACACAGGAAAACGUAGAAGACGACAUGAUUCUGACAUCGAAACGAAGUAUUCCGUUGCCUCCAUUCAAAGGAGAUACUGAUAAGGUGAGAUUUGGUUUUUCAAACUUGCCUUAGUC